AUGUCUUUCCUCGCCGUCCCCAUCAUAACGACGCCUUUACUGAAGGUCCCACUAUUGGUCUCCAGUGCCUUCUUCACCUACUCUGGCUUCACACCCCCAAGGGCCCAUCCCCGGAAAGAUGAGCGUGACCGAGCAGUCAGGACGGACAUCAACACGGCCACGAUACCCCUGUCCAUGUGCGGCCUCGCGCUUACCGAAGCCGCCCUAAUCAUCACAGACACCUUCCCCUCCACCCUCUCCUCCUCCCUCCCGCGACCCGCGGCGCCCCUCGGCCUCGACGGCCUCUCCGUCGCGGGUUGCCUGCUCGCGACCGCCGGCGGCGCCCUCCGCAUCUGGUGCCACCGCGCCCUCGGCCGGUUCUUCACCUGGCCCGUCGCGCUCGUCGACGACCACGCGCUCAUCACCUCCGGCCCGUACGCCUACGUCCGCCACCCUGGCUACUCCGGCUUCGUGCUCAUCGUCGCGGGCAGCGUCGCGCUCCACGCGAGCCCGCGCUCGCUCUUCGUCGCGUCCGGGCUUGGGACGUCGCUCGCGGGCCGGCUCGCGGCCGCGGGGAGCACGGCGUUCAUGCUGACGAUCGCGACGAUGCUGCUGCGGAGGAUGGGGAAGGAGGACGAGGUGCUGAGGAAGGGGUUCGGACGCGAGUGGGAUCAGUGGGCCGAGCGGACGCCGUGGUUCGUGUUCCCGGGCCUGUACUGA